GCGCGAGCAGGGGAGCAAUAAGAGCAGGCAGCGGUGUGCCCGUGGUACACCCGCUGUUACACGCUGACGAGUGCGGCUGUGUCUUAUAAAAGUUCACUCAUCGUCGUCCUCAUCAUCACCCUCCUCGUAUCAACGGCGCAGGGGUGGCGGUGUUGUGAACCGCGUGGUGGUGUUGUGCCGCGUGCUCGCGACGCCGAGAGGAACCAGAGUCAGCGCUCGCAACGCGAAACCACCGCGCGGCGGCCGUGGCGGUAGGCAAAGUGGAGCCCGCACCAAAGGGGCGGGGGGGGGGGGGAAGACGGAAAUGGCGUUUGUCUCUAACGAGAGGAACCCCCCCGCUGGGGGCGGAGGCUGCGAGGCUCAGCGAGCCUCGCCCGUUCGGGGCGCGCAGAUGUCGGCCGCGCAGUCUCGCGGUCCGGAGCGGAGCUCUGCGCCCUCGGCUCCGACUCGCCCGUGAUGAUUUCAUCCGGCGCGCACAGCGCGUCCGUGCCAGCCUAUCACCACGAUUACUACUAUCACCACCACCACCACUACUAUUACUAUUAUCACCAUCAUCACUGUCGUCAAGCCCUGAUAAGUAACAGGCGCGCAUAAGACACCGGCCGCAGUCGUCUUAUAGGAGCAACAGCGUCAGUAGCAGCAGCAGCACGCGUGUGUUUCGCUAGUUUUUGUUCGAAGGAAAGGGGGUGAAUGAACAAUAGCAGCUGACACAACCACAACAUCAAACGCCACAACAAGGCGUGUAAUUGGCUGGACGCGCGCUUAGUUUAUCCCUCCUCGCCGCUCUCUCGCUCUCGCGCGCUCUGGUUAAGUUGAUUCAUUAUUUCCACGACCGCCGUUCGAGGAAGAGAAAGGAGACGACCACAGUUCGUGUGCAAGAUGCCAGUGCGGCGGGGCCACGUGGCGCUGCAGAACACCUUCCUGGAGACCAUCAUCCGCCGAUUCGAAGCGCAGAACCGCCGGUUCGUGAUCGCCAACGCGCGCGCCGAGAACUGCGCCAUCAUCUACUGCAACGAUGGCUUCUGCGAGAUGUGCGGCUUCUCGCGCGCCGAGGUGAUGCAGCGCGCCGGGACCUGCGACUUCCUGCACGGCGCCGACACGCGGCGCCACGCUGUGGCGCAGGUGGCGCGUUCCCUCCUCGCCGCCGAGGAGCGCAAGGUCGAGCUGCACUACUACCGCAAGGACGGGUCGUGCUUCCUGGUCGCGACGCACAUCAUCCCCGUGAAAAACGAGGAGGGCGAUGUGGUCGUCUUCAUCCUCGACUUCGAGGAGGUGUGCGAUGCCGAGAGCCCGGAGCUGGAGAGCCGGAACCAGCGCGCCAUGGGCUGGGCCAAGUUCUCCACGUAUUCGGGGCUGCCCUUCCGGCUGGGGCUCCCGUCCCUCCGCGCGCUCUCUGCCAGCCGGCGCUCGCUGUCUCGCCGCGACCCCGAGGCCGCGGUCGCUUCGGCCCUGAGCGGCGACGGCGGCGGCGGCGGCGAGAGCCCCGAGUCGAUGGCCAUGGUGGCGAGCGUCAGCCGCCACCGCUGCUCCGGCAAGGGCUCGGACGCCGAUGUCACCACGCCGCUCAACCUCAGCCCGGACGCCGCACCCACUCCCGGCGGACGGAAGACGGCAGCGGCGGCCGCGGGAGAGGAGUCCGGGUCGCAGGCCGAGAUGGAGGUGGGGCCUUACCCGUUCCUCCGCUGGAACCGCGACCGUCUCGCCGUGGGCCAUCCCCUCGGGGGCUCCAGCUCCAGCCUCACGCGCUCCAGGUCACGCGAGAGCGUGCGGAGUUUACGACGAGCUUCCUCCGUCGACGACGUGGAAAUUGGGGCGUGGGGCGACAGGGUCAAAUGGAGCUUCCACACCCGCCACUCCAGCUCCGUGGGGGCGGCGGAGGGCGGCACGGGCAACCACGUGAAGCCGCCGCUGCUCAACUCGACGUCCGACUCGGACCUGAUGCGCUACCGGGCGCUGAGCAAACUGCCGCAGCUCACGCUCAACUUGGCCGAGCUGCACUCGGGCGCCUCGCCCGUGUCGCCGCCCACCUCGGAGCGCCGCCUCAUCGCCCCGCGCGUCAAGGAGCGCACGCAGAACGUCACCGAGAAGGUCACGCAGCGACAUGCGAAGAGCGAAACCGCCUUUCCCAUUGUGGAGCUUCCAGUCACAGCCCUAGACUCGACCCUGCAGCAGGUCCUCUCUCUGGGAGCUGAUGUCCUUCCCGAGUACAAACUUCAAGCCCCACGCAUCCAGAAAUGGACCAUCCUCCACUACAGCCCCUUCAAGGCCAUGUGGGACUGGCUCAUCCUGCUGCUCGUCAUCUACACCGCCGUCUUCACGCCUUUCUCUGCCGCCUUCCUGCUCAACGACCCGCAGGUCGACCGGCAGCGGCAGGGCUGCGCCUACGCCUGCGACCCCCUGAGCAUCGUGGACCUGCUCGUGGACAUCAUGUUCAUCGUGGACAUCCUCAUCAACUUCCGGACGACGUACGUCGACGACAACGACGAGGUGGUGAGCCAUCCGGGCAAAAUCGCCAUCCACUACUUCAAGGGCUGGUUCCUCAUCGACAUGGUGGCGGCCAUCCCCUUCGACCUGCUCAUCUUUGGCUCAGGCUCCAAUGAGACGACGAUCCUCAUCGGGCUGCUGAAGACGGCGCGACUGCUGCGGCUGGUGCGCGUCGCGCGCAAGCUGGACCGCUACUCGGAGUACGGCGCCGCCGUACUCAUCCUGCUCAUGUGCACGUUCGCGCUCAUCGCUCACUGGCUCGCGUGCAUCUGGUACGCCAUCGGCAACGUGGAGCGCACCUACACCAUGGAGCAGAUCGGAUGGCUCUACGCGCUGGGCAAGCAGAUCAACAGGCCGUACAACGCUACGGACCCGGCGGCCGGCCCGUCGGUAAAGGACCGCUACGUGACGGCCCUCUACUUCACCUUCAGCAGCCUCACGAGCGUCGGCUUCGGGAACGUGUCACCCAACACCAACUCGGAGAAGAUCUUCUCCAUCUGCGUCAUGCUCAUCGGAUCACUGAUGUACGCCAGCAUCUUCGGCAACGUGUCGGCCAUCAUCCAGCGGCUGUACACCGGCACGGCGCGCUACCACACACAGAUGCUGCGCGUCAAGGAGUUCAUCCGCUUCCACCAGAUCCCCAACCCCCUGCGGCAACGCCUCGAGGAGUACUUCCAGCACGCGUGGUCCUACACCAACGGCAUCGACAUGAACAUGGUGCUCAAGGGUUUCCCGGACUGCUUGCAGGCCGACAUCUGCCUGCAUCUCAACCGGACGCUUCUGGAAAACUGCAGGGCCUUCAAGGGCGCCAGCAAGGGCUGCCUGCGUGCCCUCGCGCUCAAGUUCAAGACGACGCACGCUCCCCCCGGCGACACGCUGGUGCACGCGGGGGACGUUCUGCGAGCGCUCUACUUCAUCUCACGCGGCUCCAUCGAGAUCCUGCGCGAGGACAUCGUCGUCGCUAUCCUCGGCAAGAACGACAUCUUCGGCGAGCCGCUGGAUGUGUGCAGCAAACCCGGCAAGUCCAAUGCGGACGUGCGGGCGCUCACGUACUGCGACCUCCACAAGAUCCUGCGUGAGGACCUGUGCGAGGUGCUGGAGAUGUACCCCGAGUUCUCCGAGUGCUUCUGGCGCAACCUGGAGAUCACCUUCAACCUGCGCGACGUGGACAUGAUCCCCGACUCUUCCAGCGAGGACUCGGGCGGCAGCGGGGAGGGGGCGGCGUCACGGCGAAGGAGGCGGCGGUCGUCGCUGUGGAACAGAGUCGGCCUCGGGAAACAAAAGAAGCGGAUCGAGGAUGAUGAUAGUGACGUGACAUCGCGAACGGACGGCCAGACGCGGAACUGUAACCACCGGCCCAAAGCGCAGCAGGCCCGGGGGAAGCGCACGGAGGUCGGGGACGUGAGCUUCUCCUCGCCCGGGUCAAGCAGCCGGGCGCAGAGGGUGGCCCGGGCGUCCACGCAGCUCCUGGAGCUGUCGCCGUCGCCCAAGACGGGCACCAUCAAUGGCAACGCAGACGGCUUCUCGACGCCCGCCAGCAAGGACCCCUUCUCCAGCGGGGCCAUCUCGGGCAGCCGCUGCAACCUCCUUGCCGAUGUCCCAGAGGUUUACAACUUCUGGGCGGCUGGCGGAGCGGAUCUUGGGGAGAAGCGGACUGGGCUGUUGGAAACGGAGACUGGAGCAGAUUUACGGAUCGGACUUCUGCCUAUCGAGGACCGAAUCGAGCUCCUGCAGACACACAUCAACAGGCUGGAGUCCCGCAUCGCCACCGACUUCGGCUCCAUCAUCCAGCUGCUGCAGCGGCGCGUGGCUCCGGUGCCCCCCGCCUACAGCCCCACGUCGCCGGAGCCCGCACCGCGAUCCCCCGACACGCCCGCCUCCUCCCCUCCGCCUCCCCCUCCGCCGCCCCCCGCUAGGGCCCCGCCGCACCCCCUGGAUCUCCCGGCGGACGGCGCCUGGAGCCCGGGCUCCGUCGCCGCGACCUCCCCGCCCUGGCCGCUCACGCCGAGCGCGUUCACCCCCCGGGCGCUCGCCGGUCCCGUGCGGGUCGCGGGGGUCGCGGGGCGUCAAGAGGCGUCGCCGGCGCGCUCCGCGCGCCGCUCUUCCGUGUCGUUCCGGCACACGGACGGCGCUAGCUCGGACCGCUCCAAUCCGUCACGCUGGCAAUCCGUCCCUAGUCUUCCAGGCACGAGCGAAAGCGCCGACUCGUCGUGACUCCGCCGCCAGCGGUCGACUUCGGAAGCCGGUCAACUCGGGGGUGGGGGGGGGGGGGGCUUCUGGACCGCCGCUGCGAAACAACGUCAGCAAAUGAAGCGAAGCAAGAGACACGUUUUUAAAUGUCGCGUUUGAAACGCCACAACAACAGAAACGUCGCCCACGUCUAAAUGUGUACAUAGCGCAACUACAAUGUGAAUGCCUGCACAAGGGACAGGGGGGAGUUUUUGUUGACACGAAUGCCUGUUCACUUGAAUCAAGGUCAUGGAUGCAAGAAAACGAGCGGAAGGGAUUGCUUAAAAUAAAUGUUUCUUCCCCCGUGAUUGUCGUUUUGUAGCCGGUCAAAAUGGCCAUAUCAUUCAAGUAUAUGACGUAAACAUUUCUGGGUUGCUCACAAAAGUAUGGGGCCGUGUUAGAGCACUGAGCCGCUGGAUUCGAGUCCAGGGCUGCCACCCAAUAUUGACUCCACGUUACUAUCGUGAAGCUGCUUUUGACAACUGCUGAUUGGACUUAACCCACUUUAGUGUUGUUAGUCGUUAACUUUUUUCGUGCAAGUUGCAUAGAGGUGGAGUGUGCCACCAGGACGCACCAAAGAUUUUGAAAAGCACACACAGAGCCACAUAGAUGUACAGCACGGCAGGACGAACGCGGUGCGUGUGAGCAGCGUCUCCCAUGCCACGGUCAAAUGGAGGCUUCCGCUCCGUGAUUCAUGACGGUGUGCCACGUGACCACGAUCGAACUCCGUCAACGCAGUGUAAUUUCCUCUCCGUGUCGGUCCCACUUUGGUUUGUCUCCCCAUGUGGCACGGGUGCCGAGUGAAAUGGGGAGCGGGCUGCCUUCCACAGACGGCGGGCAGCACAAACCGGCAUGCUUGGGGGCACGCGAUGAUCACAGCCUGGGAUGUGCAGGGGACAUCUCUGCUGGGCAGUGGGCGUAGCAUGAGUCGCAUGGGCUCUGGUGCCAGGAAUUAAUAUAAAUCAUUAAACCAUUAGUACUUUGGGAUUGUUGCACCAUUCUCGUAGCUCAAGGAUCACAAACUCUGCAGUCGUAUGCUACCUUGCGGGGGGCAAUUUUUUUCCACUCUUUGUGAUUUCUGGGUAAAUUUUACAUUUGGCAAAAUUGGACCAUGAUGCCGACACACGUGACCUGCUCUUUUAAUGAAUAACGUCACGUUAUCUUUAAUGUCUACUGUGAAGCAAACGGCAUGCAGUAUACACCGGCAGUAUUAACCAGGGCGUCUGCGGGGCUCAAGUGGCAAAUGCGCUACUGCUCUGCCGUGUCGCCGCCCUGUGAAGUGAAACCGGUAAAUUUACGCCCCCCCCCCUCCUCCUCCUUCUUUCGUAGUCUGGUACCAGAACCCCUGUGACCCGUCCUGUGCAGUUGCAUUUCCUCCGCACUCGAGAACUACGCCCCCGCCGCUGGCAGAGGGAACACCACGGCUGGGAGCUGCCCAUCAGACAGCAGCAAACGUGAACCCAUCCUAAACCACAGAUGGGUGAAACGGAAUCGGACAGCAAAAAUGUCCAGAACCCUGAAGCCUUACCCACAUCAGUAUCAAGACUGCAAAACCCGCUGCAGUCAGAGAGACUAUUUGCAAUAUUUGCAAAUAUUAAAUGUCCCAGUUGGUCAAUUUGCAAAUAUUAUAAAUUAUUUUUAAAAAAUAACUUCCGUGUCUCAUUCACAUUUUCAUAAUUUCUAAUUAUUUUUGUUUUAGCAGAUGCAGAUUGUUUCUUAAGCCUUUCACGGCCAGGCCUGUCGAUUCUGGGGGAGCUACCGAGGCCCUCCCGUGGCAGGUCCAGAUAUUGCACGUCACCGAAUGUAGGUUUGUGUUUGCUGGUCACACACACAGGUGACGCGUCUGCCGCUGCCAACUCAGUGGCAGAAUCUGUUUAAGGAUAAAUAUUGCACACGGAUCAGGGUAAUGCCCCUAUUAUGAACAAUUUUUUUUUAAAUACCAAAAAUCAAACUGACCAGGUUUGCACAUUUAAAAUGUGUCUGGCUGCAGGGUGAUACGUGGGCUGUGGAAGAGAUAAGAGAGGCGUUGUUAAAUUAUGUAAAACUCGGUUAGCUGUAAAAGUUGUAUUUUAUACAUUAUAUAUACGAUGGCACUUACCAAGAUAACAGGUGUGGUUUGUGGGAUUAGCAACGUCGUAAUUCCACACGUGUCUGUGUCUGCCCAGAGUCAAAGCAAGGCACAAUGCGACGUUGCACCUUGCGUGUCAAUGCACUGUUCUGGCACGGUCAAACAAGUCCCUCGCGAUUUCACAGCAAUGUAGCCUGGAGACUACUUCAGUAUCUGGGUGUCGUGAGCAAGUUGCAUCUUCAGUGUUCUUGAAAAUCUGGCUUAUAAUUUUUGUAAGGAAGUCUUGGUAGAAGAUUGCAUGUAUAUAUAUUUUUUAAACGUUAUUCUGGCUUUGAAUGUAACCACGCCGAUGUUUAUACGCUUACGUUUUUGGUCGACGACUAAUGAAGAUUAUCAACUUUGUAACAUAUCAGGCAGGAUGUGGAAAACAGCCGGGACUGUAUUUUGUACAGUUCCUAUCGACACACAACUUUCCCUCCCGCGGGCUAAAUUAAAAAAAAAGAAAUCGGACAACGAUGUUCGCAGCACAACCUUAUUCACCCAAGUGUUGUCUUCUUUCCCUACUUUGCACACUCUCAGUAGGACCACACUGCAAAGUCUACAUUCCAAUGCAUCCCUACCAUGUGCUUUGGAGUUGAAAUCCAUUGAGGCUGCUUUCCUGCGUACAGAUCCAACCGAUGAUCACUUCCUGUAGAUCCGGACCGCGGCUCGGAUGAGCAGCUUUUGGUGAAUGACAGUGGGAAACGCUUUUGCCUUUCAUGUUUAUUCGCUCGUGUGAUCGCAAAGCUUGCUACCGUGGAAUGCGCAAUAAUCAAACCAUCGUACAACGUAUAUCGAUGCGUUUUUGCACAGGACAACUAAAGUAAUCAGAUUUCAUCGUUAAACAAAAAAUGACCCAAAAAAAACCCAUGGAUAUUUUCCAUUUUAUAUUGAAUGUGAUAUUGUUUCAGGUGAGCGCGUGUGUGUGUGACCACAACCACCUGUUAGAGGAUUUAAAGGUCUACGCAGAUGGCAAAGUGACUAUCUUUUCUGAAUAAUUUCAUAAAUUCGUGGACACUUUAACGGCUGUUUUAACAGCAGACGUUUAGACUAAGAAUGCUUUGUCGAUGUUUGGUGUUAUUGUCCAUUAAUGUUGGCUUAGUCGAGUCUAGGCAAUGACAUAAUUGAAUUAUAAACAACGAAAUUUUUCAAUUUCAAUAAUUGUCCAACAUGGCUCAUGAUAUAUACAUUUAAAAUAUUUUUAUUUUUGGGGGCAGGAAACCUUCAGAACCCACGAUAUUUGCUUUAUGGGUAAAAUUGUAAUACGCCGGUUUCAAAUGACGCGUUAGUGUGACACCGUCGUUGAUUUGUAUGAAUAGUUUUGGGCUGUAUUUAAACGGUGAACGCUGACAGCGUUGCUGUUACGUUAGACCUUUAAAGCUGUAUCACUUGCCAAAAGAAUGCAUUUUUUUACUGCUCUUGAAAAAAAACGUGAUGUACAUACAAAUUUUAACCUAAUACUCUACAACCGUGUGUAAUAUUAACAUGUAAUUUAUUUCCUGUGGACACUUUUUUAAUGUUUGAGUGAAAACUAAUAAUAAUGCAGAUGGGAUUUUGCAAGUAUCAUGUACUUGUUUGUAUUUUUACUGGGGUCUGGAGAGGGGGCGGUGAGGGGGGAGUUGGGAAUUGCAGUCGUUUCACCCAUGAACAAUUUUCGCCGCAGCAAGGCGACAGAGUUUGCGUCCCAGCGACCACCGUACCCCCCGGUUUACCGAUGCUCGUCGCUUGCCAGUCUCCAUCGCUUGUCCAGGGCACGUGCCGGGUGAGCUGUCUCAAUCGUUUCGGUGGCUGGUAAGUUUAGAAAGAGAAUUGACAAAAAGGAAUACACGACAAGAGUAGUCAUUUGUCUUUGAUCGAGCCGCCCUCCCUGUAUACCAGCCGGGGCAUCUCAGAGCGCUUUACAUUGCAUCUCAUCGCAACACGUUUGAACGGGCACUCCCCUCGUGGCAGCUGCCAGGUGACUCGGCACCUGGCAGCUGCAAAUGAGCAUUAGUCUGCCAGUAGGGGCGGGGGGGGGAUCAUGAUUGCUCUGUACGAUCCCAAUUGAGUAAUUUGCGGUGUAACUUUUCAAAUGUGGCAGCUUUAUGAAAGCGAUGGGAAUGAAUCGUGUGCAGCGGGGAACGGAGACAGUCGAGGCCAGCACCCAUGCCGCGCCUGGCGAUGUCGUGGCGCGUGCGGUCGCCACGCGCCUCGGCGUGCAGCACAGCGGUGUUCUGGACGCGCUCACCGCAGCACACCACGGUGGCAAGGGCAGGAAACACGUCACCAACUUGCUCGUGGCCGUCGCUGGUGCGCGUCCCAUCUAGAGCGUGUACAUCUACAGCACUUUUGUCAGUCCACUGCUGGAUGAGGGCCUCCCCAUGCCGUCCGGGUCGUGGGGGUUAUUUGACCGCUAUUUGCCACGUGGUUCGGUUUAGGCUGGUGAGUGCGAGGAUCGUAGUUCUGUGGGCUUAGUAAGUAAAGUCAUAUUCUUGGUUCUUUCGGUUAAGUCACGUAGAAGGGAAACAAUAAAAUAAUAAGAAAACUAUUAAACAAUAAGAUUAUCUACGUGACUUUACCGAAAGAACCAAGAAUAUGAAUCCCUGCAGUCACGAAAGCUUUAAAUCUAAAGUAAAGUCAUGUUAUUUUGCUGCACGGCCCACGUCUGCCUUUGUGACAACCUAGAACAUGUGGUGGUCGCCCACCCAAGUGCUAUCCAAGCUCAAAUCCGCUUAGCUUCUAAGAGCUGACGAGGCCCCAGCGCAUUCAAUGUGGUUUACUCAUUGGGAAAAUUACAACCUCAAACGAACACAUUUGUAAGAAAACGAAUCUGCAGUACAAAAGAUAUGUAACGGCACUUCACGUAUAUAUCUAACAUCUUGCAGUGCUAAUUAUAUUGUAAGCAAUAUCGAGUAUUUUUAUAUCAUACGUUGGGAACGCGGUGUACACACGUGAUGAUGUUUUUGACCGUUUUGUAGUGACGUGCCGGGGUGUAACGAUUGUAUCUCGCUGCGUGGCCUCACGGGCGCUCGUGUGCGCGCGAGAGCUGUAGACGUCGAUGCCUGCACGGGUGAAUCUGCCGAAUGAUGUCGAGGGCGUUCGCCACCACCGAAUCAAGUGAAAAAAUCAGACAAAAACCUGGCAUGCGACUGGAAAUCCUGACCAAACCCUGGACCACACUGCGAACCACUGUGAACCUCGGAAUUCAUUCAAGGUAUCAGUGCAGCUCCCCCCGAAGGCUGCCCUUUGGCUUAUCAGCCCUGCACAUGGUCUUCUGAUUUGUUGCACACAGCCAUACGCGAGAAGCAUGUUUAGGCGACGUGCUCAGAGCCUUCGUGUACCUGGUGCAAACAUUCUGUGGGGUCCACGUAAGGUGUUCCUGCUUGUUCCAGUGACCAAUGGGAAUCAACCUUUGAUGGCCCAAAAACUUGCCCUAGAACAGCCGUCUGACCCCUAUCCCUAUACCCAUCAUCAUCACUUAACAUUCAUGCCACACCUCCCAUGCGCCCAGCCGCAGGGGACCCGCCCCUUGCCCCGCCCCCUCCCCCCGUGACAGCUCGCUGCGGGGACAGCAAGUUGAAAACUCACUUCUUUGGAACAGCUGAUUGUGUUUAGUUUGUUGUUCUUCCCCCGCACCUCCGAUUAGCAUGGUUGGCUACGUACGGUGCGAAAGAAGUUCAACAUGCAUGCUUACAAGAUCAACGCAGCACCGGCCAGCAAGCGGACAUUCGUCUGCCAGUCGGGGUUAGAUGGUUGCAGAAGUUUCACAAUAUGGGUGUGAUGUUUCUGGUUUGGCAAAAAAGUAAUUUGCAUGCUACUGGCACACCUGGGCUCCCCAUUUCCAAAUAACAUGGGGUCUUUAACGUCCACUACUGUGAAGCACACGGGGCAUAUUUUGUGUUUAAUGCACCCACCGUAUUAACCAGGGCGGCCAAACCGUGAACCUCCUCUACCACUCCCCCCAUGUCACCGCCCCGUGAUCCGGAAGUUGGUGGGUUCAGCCCCUCCCCUCUACAACUCCACUCCCCCUGCUGCUCCCUCAACCUCCACCCUCCUCCAUGGCUUUCGGGUGGUGGUUGCAAAGCUGCCUUACGAAAAUGAUUUUUUUUCUAAAGGCAUUAAUUAGGUUGGGUUAUUCUUAAGUUGAAAUCGUAUCUUUUGGAUUUGUACGCUUUGUUAACUCAAAUAUGGCUGGAAAGCUGAACUAAUGAUAUGACAUCGCGUACACGCAUGUCUUAUAUACUGCCUCGACUACGUGUGGAGUCACAACCGGUUCCUGAUUUGGCCCAGAUAUAAUCAUGCAGCAUCAUUAUAGAAGGCAGCCUGUAGGUCAGAAUUGGGAAGUGAUUGGGAUCACUUUCACCACGGAUGACUGUGCCAUGGCGACAUGAGCGUCUGGCCCAGACCGUAUCCAGUAUAUUGCCAGCACGGUUUCCACUGGUCAUGGAAAAAAAAACAAGUCCAUGGCCAAUGGGAAUGACGGCUCUCUGCUUAGCGCCUGCUCAGUUAUAUGGCUAUAUCGAGCCACGUGCCCAUGGCAGCCCAGCCCCAGCCAAGCCGAUCACAGAACAGGGUCACCCCAGGGUGGAGGGGGGAGGUCGCCUAUCACCCCAUGCCGAGCCGCCCUCCCAGAGCCGAUUGUGAUGCAGCUUGGCCGCCAAUUAGUUCAGCUUUCCCAGCCGUGUCGGUGUUCAAAUGACAUUGUCGGGGGAAAAAUAAAAAAAUAUUACUUUUUUUUGCUUAAAAUAGUUUAACAUAGUGAUGUUUCCUAUCGAAAAAAAUUGAAGAUUUCUUCGAGACCUCCAUCACGCCAACCGCAGAGAGGGUCGCGAGUGGGGAGAAGCGCAUGGAGCCGAUCCCCCCGAGGCUCGAAUCUCGAUCAACGUGCCCGGGACCCAUGGUUUGGACCAGCGUGCUGUCCCUGGGCCGUGUUCCUGGGCUGGUUCUAAACUGGUAGCAGUCCAGCAGUGGCUGUGGAGCCGUGGCACCAGUCACGGAGUGGUGGCCAGGUCGUGGCGUCUCGUGGUAUCGUUGCCUCCAUCGUAACGCCACAGGACAUCGGAGUGGCUGAAAACGGCGCUGAGAGAGAACCGUACAGGUUGUGGUCCGAAACGCCGCCUGUAGGCUUGAGGCUUCAGGGCGAUAUUCUAAUACUGACGAAAGUGCAUUUUCAUCCGAUUUGGUUUUAGUUUUUGUGAUGAGGUGUGGAUGUCAUCAUUGCCAGUCACGAGUCAAAUCUUCUAAUCGGUUUGGGUAAUUUUUUCGAGGUGGAAAUGCGUUCCCCGAUUGUAGUUUCUCUCGCACAUCGUUUCAGGGGUAAAAAAAUUCCCGUGUGUCCUCUCAUUAACAUUGAGAAGCGCUGAGGCAGCAAUUGUUCAUUAAUGCGCCACUCGAGUUUGGAAUUCUCCAUUAUUUGGUGGUCCUCGCUGCAGUAUACAUCUCUAAUUCACCGUGCAGUACUGUGAAUAAUCGACAAAUCCUAUAGCCAACUGGCCUCGCAAGGUCUGUUUUUGGAGCACUUCACUGGAAAAUCAACCCCGAAUUGCCAGUACUGUAUCGAGUGGUGAAUUCAUACCCAUCACGCGGCAGAGCAAGUGGCUCGCAAUCGAGACGGGUGCGAGCUCAAACGGUGGGUGGGGGUUGACUCAGCCCAACAUCCCUCUGGGGUUGAUCAAGUCGGUACCACUUUGUUGGGUCAUCAACAGAAUUACUUGCCCCCACCAUGGAAAUGUGUAAUUUCAACCACAGGCUCCGGGCUGUAAACAUGACAUGAUCAUUGCCUCAGUACUUAAUUGAGCAAGGAAUGAGUUCGGCUUUUGACUUGAAUUUCUACUCGUGGACAUAGGCAACAGAUGAAUGCAUUCACAUCCUCACUCCAUACUUGCAGUAAGCAGUAGGCUGCCACUGUUAAAUCGUUUUACAGCGUGACGUUUCUCAAAGCAAAACGUGCGUAAACAUUGCAUAGAGCAAUACAAUAAGCUUAGGCAAUCUGGAUGCGGUUAAAAGGUUUACCAAUCGGCAGAAUACUACUUACAUUAAUAGGGAAUGUCGCAUGCCCUUUUGUGAACUGUCCACUGAAAUGUACCGCUUGUGCCCUGGCUGCAUCCUUUUGGAAGCACUAUCUAUUCUGCCUAUUGAGGUGCAUUGGCCCACGACUAUAAUAUGAACGCCGCCAGACUAGAAAGUCCAAUUGAUUAUUUGUUAAUAUUAUAAAUUAUAAAUAUAAAUGACUUAUGAAUGUUAUAAAUAAUUAAGUGGGCACAUCCAGCGAUGAUGAUGAUGACACGCUGCAUUGUGUGGUGUAGCGGGCUGAACCAACCGAAUGUUAAAGCUCACCCAUGCUAGCACCACCUGUGGACUCGGGAGCCGCGGUCACAGACGUGGGAUUAAGCACACUGUAUUGAUGACAAGCACAACGAUAAGUGUGCCAGAUUACAUAGCCCUUACAAGUUGAGAAGCCAAUUCUAAAAUGAAUCAGAACAUUUGAACAAUUAAAACAUUGUCACGUGCAAGCGCGGUGCAAUGAUACGCUAAUAUUUUUCAUCACGGCUAUUGAACGUGCAUUCGUGUCCAGAGAGGAGCGUUCGUCUCGACUCCGAUUUCCCUGCACCUCCGAUUAGCACGGUUGGAUACGUAUGGUGAGAAAGAAGUUCAACGUACAUACAUUACUGCAGCUGAGAGCACAGCGCUCUUAACUGUCGAUGCUCCGUGUUUAUUUGGCACACUUUAAGAAACAAAAUAUGCUCUUCCUUCGAAAUACCGUGUACGAUCAAGAGUGGUUUUAUUUUACUAUAGCAAUGACAUGUACAGUGUAACAAAUAACCAUGCUGACUUGCCAGGAUGGAAUUCAAGAAGUUGGAGAGAAA